GGGAGAGAGAAUAAAUAGCAGUGUGGUUUCGCCCUCUCUGCAUCCUCCCUGACCUUCCCAGCACAUGCAUCUUGCACAUCUGGUCAGCUCCUGCUGCCUCCUUCUGUUACUGGGGGCCCUGCCUGGAUGGCGGCACAGCGAUGACCCCAUUGAGAAGGUCAUUGGGCCGGGAUCAAACCGAGGGCUGAGCAAAUGCAGAGAGAGGUGGGCAAGGCCCUGGAUGGCAUCAACAGUGGUCUAUGCACGCUGAAGGGAAGUGGAGAAGGUUUUCAAUGGACUUAGCAACAUGGGGAGCCACACCGGCAAGGAGUUGGACAAAGGCGUCCAGGGGCUCAACCACGGAAUGGACAAGGUAGCCCAUGAGAUCAACCAUGGUAUUGGACAAGCAGGAAAGGAAGCAGAGAAGUUUGGCCAUGGGGUCAACAACGCUGCUGGACAGGCCGGAAAGGAAGCAGACAAAGCGGUCCAAGGGUUCCACACUGGGGUCCACCAGGCUGGGAAGGAAGCAGAGAAACUUGGCCAAGGGGUCAACCAUGCUGCUGACCAGGCUGGAAAGGAAGUGGAGAAGCUUGGCCAAGGUGCCCACCAUGCUGCUGGCCAGGCCGGGAAGGAGUCGCAGAAUGCUCAUAAUGGGGUCAACCAAGCCAGCAAGGAGGCCAACCAGCUGCUGAAUGGCAACCAUCAAGGCGGAUCUUCCGGCCAUCAAGGAGGGGCCACAACCACGCCGUUAGCCUCUGGGGCCUCGGUCAACACGCCUUUCAUCAACCUUCCCGCUCUGUGGAGGAGCGUCGCCAACAUCAUGCCCUAAACGGGCACCUGCCCUUGCUGGGAGACUAAUGUUGCCGUUGUCACAUCAGCUGACAUGACCUGGAGGGGCUGGGGGUGGGGGACAGGUUUCUGGAGUCCCUGAAGGAGGUUGUACUGGGAUUUGUGAAUAAACUCGAUACACUA